UGAAACUACUUAUGACUGAGGAAGCCAACCGGCUUGGCCACAGAUGUGCCAGAUGCUCUGGCACAGGUGAGGUGGUGAGGUGACACGCGGCGGCUAGAGUGGCUAUACCCACCUGGAAUUCGCAGGAAUACGCUUAAUACCAACGCAGAUUUGAAUGUAAAUAUCCCAGCUAACCAACUGAUAGAGUACGCAGGACCAACACCCCAUCAUCCAUCCAUCUGUCCGUCCGUCCGUCCCCCAGCCAUGGACCCGAAGAAGAAGACGGCUUGGUCCAACUUCAGGGACAAGACCAAGGCCCAGUUUGGCAAGAAGGCCAAGAAGCCCAAAGGGAAGGCCCUGCGCUACCGCCGUAGCAUCUCGGUGCCCAACCUGCUCAUCGACCCGGCCUCCCCCCUCUCCUCACUGGACAUGCUCUCCCAGACGCCCGCCGUCGACCCUGAGGAGAGCUACUUCUUCGGGGCGUCCACCUUCUACAGCGCUGGGCCGGCGGCGGACAGCGGCUCCUCCAGCCCCACCUACUCAGAGCAGUCGUCCAUCCCCGACACGCCGUUUUUGUCCAGGGUCGUGACCCCCGACACCUCCAGACCCGUCUCCGCCGCCGCCAUGCACCCCGACACCCCGAAGAAAGUGAGCGAUGGUGACACGGUGUCGGACAACUUCCCCUGGCCAGGGGAGGAGACCGGUCACCUGCCCAAGAGGACGGCAUCGGAGCCUGCCCCUCCUCCUGUGUCUCACAGCUCUCCUGCCUUAGCUGUGCGAUCGCCCCCCAUGCCCGUUGAGAGGCACGUCUACUCAGCCAGUCCAUCACCUGCACCCACGGAACCCCCACGAACCCCAGCAGCAGCGCUGGCGGCGGCCAUGGCUGAACGGCCUCCAGCUACUCCCAGCGCAGUAUCCAAAGCAUCAGCAGCAGCACCCACAGUGCCUCCCACCGUGCCCAAAGCAGUGGCAGCAGCAGCAGCGGCAGCAGCUACCCCCAUCACCAGCCCUGAGAAGAGGACACCGCCAGUGAAGAGGUCCAUGAUCCCGCCGGACCGGCUGUCCCUCCCCGCGGACAUGUCCUACUGGGGAGGGCGGGAGUCGGGCAACAGCACCCCAUCAGAGGAGCAGGCAGCCUGGGCAUCAGAAGCGGACCUGCUGGCCAUGAUGGAGCCCUCCACUCCAUUGUCCAGGGAGAUAUUCAUUGUGGGGUCUACUGAGGACACCCCCUAUAUUCCUAAUGAAUCCAGUGACUACGACACAACUUCCCUCACUGAUCAUCAAGAACAGGGUCCAAGCUACGCCGGAUUUCCGGCGCGGCGUCGGGCUGCUAUCACUUCUUUCGAGAAUUUCUCUGAUGAGAUAAGAUACAGGAUUCCUAAUGAAUCCAGUGACUACGACACAACUUCCCUCACUGAUCAUCAAGAACAGAGUGUACAUGUAAGUCUUACUCUCUUAUGGUACAAACAGUCUGUUUCAACCGCGGGACAGAAGGUGCAGUACCUGCUGACCAUUAACCUGAAGGAGGGACGCAACCUGGUGGUGAGAGACCGCUCAGGCACGAGUGAUCCCUUUGUGAAGUUCAGGAUGGACGGGAAGACGAUUUACAAGAGCAAGGUGGUGUCUAAGAAACUGAAUCCAACCUGGAACGAGUCCUUCUCCUUCCCCGUACGAGACCUCGAGCAGGAAGUCCACGUCAAGGUGUACGACAAAGAUCUUCGAUCUUGUGACUUCAUGGGAGGGUGCUGCUUGACUUUAAAUAAGCUUGAACUGGAUAAGACCACGGAGAUGAUUUUGAAGCUGGAGGAUCCCAAAAGUAAGGAGAUGAACAUGGGGGUGAUCAUCAUCGACGCCUGCCUCACCAUCCGGGACGGACCCACCAAGAGAAACCGCUGGAUGAUCAAGCGGAAAGGCAGCUUCGGAAAGGGUCAGGUACCGGCCCCAGUGCAGCAGCAUCGUGGUGUGGACAUGAAGAAGAACCAGGUGUGGAGUGGGGUGUACUCCGUGGUGCUGGUGGAGGGCCUUGAGAUGCCCGAGACUAGCCAGGGAGACGUGUACGUGCGCUUCAGGCUGGGGGAACAGAAGUACAAGAGCAAGAACCUGUGUGUGAAGUCUAAUCCUCAGUGGAGGGAGAUGUUUGACUUCAACCAGCUGGACGGCCUGGACUACCUGCAGGUGGAGGUGUGCAGCAAGAAGGGCCGCAGGAGCGAGGAGUGCUGGGGACUGCUGGACAUUGACCUGUCUCGGCUGCCAGUGAAGCAGAGGCAGCUGUACACGCGCGUGCUGGACCCCGGUAAGGGCCGUCUGGUCUUCCUCAUCACCCUGACCCCCUGCUCAGGAGCCUCCGUAUCCGACAUGCGAUCAGCACCCCUGGGUGACCCCCAGACCAACCAGAGGGUGCACGACCAAUACAGUUUGAAGAACUCCUUGAGGGAUAUGAAGGACGUGGGCUUUGUUCAAAUCAAGGUCAUCAAGGCCAGUGACAUAGCCAUAGGUAAGAGCGAACCCUUCUGCGUGCUGGAACUGGGGAACAGCAGACUGCAGACACCGUCUCUUCACAAGACACUCAACCCCGAAUGGAACAUGGUCUUCACCUUCCCAAUUAAAGACGUCCAUGAAGUGCUCUUCUUGACCGUGUAUAAUGACGAGAAGGACAAGGCUCCAGAGUCGCUGGGCAAGGUGGCAGUGCCCUUACUCUGGAUUGCUGAUGGCCAAACAGUCACUCGCCAGCUGAAGAAAGAUGACCUCUCCGGCCCAUCCAAAGGCACCAUCACAUUGGAAAUGGAGCUCAUCUACAAUCCAGUCCGUGCAGGUGUCAGAACCUUUGGGCCCAAAGAAAUGAAAUGCCUGGAGGACAAUCCCAAAUUUAACAAAAAGAUUUUAGCUCGCAACAUCUACCGUGUGCGUCGGAUCAGCACGGCCAUCUUAUACACUCUGCAGUACAUCAAGAGCUGCUUCCAGUGGGAGAACACACGCCGCAGCAUAGCAGCAUUCCUGAUCUUUGUGCUGACGGUGUGGAUGUGGGAGCUCUUCAUGCUCCCCCUCUUCCUGCUCCUCCUCAUCGGCUGGAACUACUUCCAAAACACACCAGGGACGCAGGGACACACACACACCGAUCUGGAGCCCAUGUCCGUGGCCGAAGAUGAGGAUGAGGACGAAAAGGAGUCGGAGAAGAAGGGUCUGAUGGAUAAGAUCCACAUGGUGCAGGAGAUCGUACUGACCGUGCAGAGCACCCUGGAUGAGGUUGCCUCCGUGGCCGAGAGAAUCAAGAACACGUUCAACUGGUCGGUACCCUUCAUGUCGACGCUGGCCUGUGUGGUCUUCUUCCUCUCCACAGCUGCACUGUAUUACAUACCCCUACGGUACAUCAUACUCAUAUGGGGUGUUAACAAAUUCACCAAGAGGCUGCGUAACCCGUACGCCAUCGACAGUAACGAGGUGCUGGAUUUCCUCCAGAGAGUACCCUCAGAUGUUCAAAAGGUGCAGUACAGUGAGCCGCGAGCACCCGCCGCCACCAACGCACAGCGCAAGAAACGCUAGCAAAAGAGGACGCCAAAUGGAGGGGUGAAGUGAAUGGAUGGAUGGAUGGAUGGAUGGAUGGAUGGAUGGAUGGAUGGAUGGAUGGAUGGAUGGAUGGAUGGAUGGGUAAAUGGAUGGAUGACAGAGGGAUGAGCAGUCUGUUUUAUGAUAGAACUUAGUUAUGCUGAGCUGUCUUGCCUUUGUACUGCCUGACUAGGCUGAGCCCACUGGGGUCUAAACUGAACUCAACGGACACCAGGCUGUCUGACUAGACAGGGCUUAAACUCAUUGGACUCACACCCCCGCCCUCUUUACAUGCAUUAGAACAUGCAGAUGCAUGUAGGCACACGCUGUCAAUUAAGACAUACAGUAUUCAUGCAUUUAGAAGCACACAUGCGUAAAUUGAAAUACUAUGCUGUUGUUAAUCUAUUAUACACGUUCUGAUGCAUUAUGUUGUAAUGGAGUAUCAUCUAUGUGAAGUGCAUUUUAUUGCGUAUGGAUUUUGUAUGUAUUUUCAUACGUGUGUGUACGUAUAUACUAGCUUAUAUUUUCCUUUGCAAACGUUGUAUGUGUGUGUGUCUGUGUCUGUGUCUGUGUCUGUGUUCGUGUCUGUGUGUUCCCGUCACCCCUCUCUGUCGGGGGUCUUUGAUGUGUCUCUCAGGGCAGCACAUUCAUCUGUCAAUCAUUGAUCAGAACUUGAAAAGAGUGCCCCGCCUUGGUUCACUGGCCCCCACCCCCACACACCCCGGCCCCUAUUCACUGGUCCCCAGAAUCCAUCCCUGCUCUGAACCGCCAGGAUCUCUGUUGCCUGGACCUGGGGCCCCUAUUCCCUGGACCUGAGGCCCGCAGCACCCAUCCCCUGUUCACGGACCCCUGUUUCCCACUCCCAGGCCAGACCGUGUUCCCCAGCCCCGGGCCCCAGGCCCCUGUUCCCCAUCCGCAGGCUCCUAUUCCUGGCUCCCCCGGCCCCAUCCCGCCCCUGCUCCCCACCCCAAAAGCCCCUGUUGCCGGGCCCCCUGCCCAGCUUAACAACACGUCCUGGAUCACUGAGAUCCCUAGCCGUCGUCAAAAGCACCAGAAAAGGCCUCACCGACCCACACCACAUGGAGAGUUCUUUGUAUUUAACAUGGAUGGACCAAUACAAAGCCCUGUACAGUGCACUGUACUGUAUGGCUGCAGCCAUGUGAUUAAUGGUUAAGCCAGCUGCCAAAGAAUGUUUCCCGUAUGAUAGUCCCAUGACCUGUCCUGCGUAUGGAAUAUAGCUGUCCUUAUGGAUCUGUAGAAUAUACUGUAUGCUUUUGAUACAUUUAAUAAUAAUCAUAUAUUUUUCUUUACCUUUGAAGAAAAAACUGAAAUGUCUCUUUAAUCUUGAACGUAUGUACUGUAAAUAUUAAACAUGUUUUUUGUGAUA